AUGACAAUACUUUAUGCUGUGCAAUCACACGGCCGCCCUUUCUUUCUUCUGUUUUUAUAAAGCAAAGUGGCUCGGCUCCGGCACAGCAGUCACCAGCGAUGCAGUCUCAUGCCAACACAGCCAUGGGCAAGAUCAUCUUCUACGAGGACAGGAACUUUCAAGGUCGCGCUCACGAGUGCAUCAGCGACAGCGCCGACCUUCACUCCCUCUUCAACAGAUGCAACUCCAUCCGGGUGGAGAGCGGCUGCUUCAUGGUCUACGAGCGACCCAACUACAUGGGCAACCAGUACUACCUGAGGAGAGGCGAGUACUCUGACAACCAGCGCACCAUUGGCAUGAACGACUGCGUCAGAUCUUGCCGUAUGAUUCCCCAGCACCGAGGUUCAUACAGGGUGAGGCUCUACGAACGCUUCGACAUGUCCGGCCAGAUGCACGAGCUGGUGGACGACUGCCCCAACGUGCAGGACCACCUCAGCAUGUCCGACUUCAACUCCUGCAACGUGAUGGACGGUCACUGGCUGCUCUACGAUCAGCCCAACUACAAGGGCAGGGCUCACUACCUGCGUCCCGGGGAGUACAGGAGAUACAGCGACUGGGGGGGUGUCAGCCCACGGGUCGGUUCCCUCAGAAGAAUCACUGACUUCAGCUGAACGUGUUUCAAUGCAUCUCUGACCCGAGUUCCACUGUCCUGUUCCCUCAAUAAACUUUAGCUGCUUAAUAAAACGUGAA